AUGUCAAAGCGUGCAGCCGCCCCAGAGAAUGGGGGAGCUCCCCUCAAGGGAGGUGACCGCCCCGACGCCAUGGACGUCGACGACAACAAGAUGGCCGAGAUGGGCGAGUUUGAGGAUGAGUUCGAAGAUGAGUUCGAGAGCGAAGACGAGAUCUUCGAGGCUGGUGUUGACGGGCGGCCCGAUGCAGAGCGCGAGGCUGAGGAGAAGAGUGCGAUGGAUGUUGACAGCGGCCCUGGCACAUUCAUUGUCGGCCGAACGAAGCUCGAGCCUGGCCAAGUACUCGCCCCCGACCCGAGCACGUACGAGAUGCUACACAACCUGAGUACCCCCUGGCCCUGCCUUUCCUUCGACAUUGUCCGCGACAGCCUAGGAGACAACCGCAAAGUCUACCCUGCCACCAUGUACACCGUCUCCGGCACUCAGGCGGAGAACGCCAAAGCUUCCGAGAAUCAAUUAAUGGUCAUGAAGUUCAGCGGCCUGAGCAGGAUGGACAGAGACGAUGCAUCUGAGUCUGGAGAUGACGAUGACGACGAAGAUGCCGACCCCAUCCUCGAGUCCAAGAGCAUACCCCUCAAUUCGACCACCAACAGGAUACGAUCGCACCAAACUCCCGCACAAGAGGCUGGAAAGCCGGGGACUACGCUGACCGCGACUAUGACCGAGUCGACCAAUGUCUUCAUCCACGACAUCACCCCCCAUCUCUCGUCUUUCGACAACCCUGGCACCAUGAUCACACCUCAACAAAACAAGCCGCUGUGCACUAUCCGCGCGCACAAAUCGGAAGGAUACGGUGUAGACUGGUCGCCUCUUCACCCAGCGGGCAAGCUGCUGACUGGUGACAACGAUGGCCUCAUCUACGUUACGACUCGCACCGACGGGGGCGGCUUUGUUACAGACACUCGGCCCUUCCAAGGACACACAAGCAGCGUGGAGGAGAUCCAGUGGAGCCCCUCCGAGGCAUCGGUGUUUGCAUCUGCCUCAAGCGACGGUACCAUCCGCGUGUGGGACGUCAGGAGCAAGAGCCGAAAGCCCGCUAUUACGAUGCAGGUCAGCAACACAGAUGUCAACGUCAUGAGCUGGUCGAAGCAGACGACCCACCUGCUGGCAUCGGGUGCCGAUGAUGGAGAAUGGGGCGUCUGGGACCUGCGACAGUGGAAGCCUAGCACCACGGGUGGUGCCUCCAAGUCGAGCCCAAUCGCCAGCUUCAACUACCACAAGGAGCAAAUCACCAGCGUCGAGUGGCACCCGACCGAUGACAGCAUCGUUGCCGUUGCAGCAGGCGACAACACCGUCACACUGUGGGAUCUGGCUGUCGAGCUGGAUGACGAGGAGAGCAAGGAUACGGCCGGCGUCAAGGAUGUGCCACCCCAGCUGCUGUUCGUGCACUACCAUUCCAACGCCAAGGAGUUGCACUGGCACCCCCAGAUUCCUGGUGUGCUGGUUGCUACUGGUGACGAGUUCAGUGUCUUCCGCACCAUCAGCGUUUAA